GAGUUCGCGCGCGCGACGUCUUGAAGAUCUCUCACACACCGAUGCGGCCGCUUCGCGGUUGUUUCCGUAACUUCUCCCGAUGGCGGAGCAGCGGCCCGGGCGGGCUGCUCGCCAGCUACGACGCCGCCGUCGCCCGCGGCCGCAUCCGCCCGGACCCGGCUCAGCGAGCGGCGGCAGAGGCCUUGCAGCGCCUGCAAGACGGCACCCUUGCCGACUCCGGUGGCUCCGAGGCGGCGGCGGGUGCGUACAUCCACGGCCCGGUCGGGGGUGGCAAGUCGAUGCUGAUGGACCUCUUUUACGAGACCAGCCUGCGCGGCCCGCGCCGCCGGCUCCACUUCCACGAGCUCAUGAUCGACGUGCACAAGCGGCUGCAUCGGGUGCACGAGUCGCGUGAGAAGACAGUCGUGCUGACAGAGAGCGGGCUACCAAUCUACCGCUUCGGGGACUUGCCAGCAGAGUUGACCGCGCCGGCGAGACCGCUCGAGAUUGUGGCGCAGCAGCUGGUGGAGGCGGACUCGCUGCUGUGCUUGGAUGAGAUGCAGGUGACUGACGUGGCCGACGCGAUGAUCCUGCGGCAGCUGUUCGACCUGCUCCUCGCGCGAGGUGUGACGGCUAGGCGCUGCACUAGCGCGGGGGACGGAUUCACCGUGGAGUGUGAGCCGGCGUUGUACGAGCGCGGACUCAACCGGAAGUACUUCCUGCCCUUUGUCGCCCUCAUCCACACCCGCUUCUCGAACCUCGCCCUCGCCGCCGCCGCGGACUACCGCACCUUGCGCCCGCCGAAUGGCGCGCCGGCUCCACUCUCUGCCGAGGCUUGCGGCGCUGCUGAAGAGGGGAGG